GGCCACGGAGGCCACCCCUGUCCCAUCCCCCGUCGCCGCCCUGUUCUCAGCCACAGAGGCGGCCGCCGCCCCUGUUCUCCAUUCCCACCGCCACCCCGUCCCCGCCGGCUCACCCAUCCACGCUCGCUCACCACCUCCAUCCCCUAUCUCCUGCAGCAUCACCCUGGCCGGUGGCCGCGCCGCCGUACGGGAUUCGUCGCCCAGGACGACGUACACCACUCACACCUCACCGUCCGCGAGACAGGAGCUCUCCAACAACCUCCAGUUCACCCCCGUUGGACCACUGGGAUGAGGCAGAGGAGGUGGUGCUGGCUGUAGCUGCCGAGCGCGGCGUAUGAGCUGCGGGUGGGCAGUCCCGCCGCACGACUAGACCGCCUCCGAGACGGCGUCCCCGGCACGGCUGCCCAGGGGUGGUGGGACGAGUAGACCGCGAGCUUGCUGAUGGGCAUUUACACGACGGUGGACCUCUCCAACGUUGCGUGGAAGCUGUUUGACGAAAUGCCACAUGGGGCAUUGGUGGUGUUGAACAUGACGAAAUGCCACAUUCCGGCCGCCGGACGACUAGACGUCGGCACUACAUGUCGGAGGCAGAGCGCCUCUCUGACGGCGUCCCGGUGCGGCGCCGGGGGCCGAGGAGGUGGACCCGGCGGUGUCGAAGCUGCAGGUGGCCGGGAUGCCGCGUGAUGCCGGCUUGAUGCGUCGGAGGUACUGGAGGCGUUGAACAUGAUAAUCAGGGAUAUAAUCAUUUUCGAAACUAGGCUAUUCCACGCAGAGGAGAAAGGAGGCACUCAGUACAGUACAUACCAAACACUUUUCAACUGUGGAGAACACCGGCGGGGAGGUGGCGGUGGGUGCAGGGGCGACGCCGGCGCGGGGUUUCACCAGCCGAAGUGUGCGUCCACGAGGCCUACGAAUCCGCCUCCGUCGCAGGCCAGUCCACCCGCGCGACAGAGAUAUCCGGUGAUGGGCGCCGGCGCUGCAGGAGUGCCGCAGCGGAAGGUGUUCGGCGACGGCAGGGAAACUGGUCCGGCCGUGGGCGCCGUCGCUACAGGGGCUCCGCAGAACGGUUGCGGCAGCGGCUCCGCGGAACGGUUGCGGCAGCGGAAGGUGUUCGGCUGCAGGUGCUCCGCGGCAGGGGUUCGGCUACACGGGCUCCGCGGCCGCAGUGAUUGGCGGCGGCAGGGAUUCGCCCAGGAGGCAGAGGAGCAGAGAGGAUCGGGGGAAUUGCAGAUGGAGUUGUGUGGUCGUGCGAUGUGGGGCGGUUGCCAUGCGAAGUUACCACAAUACCCUUAGAAUGUUAAAUUAAAAUACAAAAUUAAAUGAUUAGACCGGACGGCUAGAAUAAAUUCUGGCGGUAGUACUGGGUAGUACUCCGUAGUACCGCCCAAUCACCGUAACACAGCUCAAAUUGUAAUAGGAAAAGGCAAAAUGAAUUGGGGUACUACGAGAAGGGUCACAAUCUUUGUGCCACUUAUACUAUGGAUUCUAGAUUUCUAUGAUGUUGAUAGGCAAUAGAGAAUAUCAAACCACGCCGGUACUCACAAUUGUCCUCAAAAGUUGUAAUGGCCAAAUGAAAUGAAAUGAAACUAAGCAUUCUUGUUUGCUAAAAGUAAACUCCUUAGAUAAGGUAAACUUAUAGAGAUCAAAUGGUUAAUGCAAUUCAGUUCCUAGGUGCAUAUGCUCCCUCUACCAAGAAAAAAUAUUUCGAAGUGCCGAAAAAUUUGGUUACAAAAUUCUACAUGUACAUUUCCAUAAUAUAUGUGUGAUCGUCAAGUUUCGCGAGAAACCGAUAUUUUUGUGGUCUAUGUAGAAAAAAGAAAAUUUAUUUUGUGAAAAGCCUUAUUUUUAGCAUCGAUUUUGUCUUUUUACACACGACACACGACACAUGAAACGACUUUUUUUUUUGGCUCAUAGCACAUGAAGAUGUACAUCUAAUUUUUUUUCAGUUUUUUUAACAUUUUAAAUGUGUUCAAGUUGUGUUUCAAAAUAAAGGGAGUAUAUGCUCCUAUGAGCCAAAACACGACUUCCUCUUUUUUCCCCUCUAUCUUUGACUACUAACUAAUAUUGAUAUUUGAAUUUUUACUUCAUUGAUCAAACAUAUUUGGUAGUUUAGACAUGAGGGAGAGUAUAUUAUUCAGUAGACACUCAAAGUUGCUCAUUGAAGCAAGCUGCGUUUGGCAUGUUACAAAGUUCUUAAUAAUUCAGGAAAAAGGAGAAUUGGAGUCGCGAUAUCCUGGUCGAAUUUAGA